AAGCUAGACACCAGUGUAAAUUACACGAGGGACGUCGCCAAAGCUUACGGCACUUUACACUUUAUGCAUAGGCAACUGGGAGCUCUUACUCCUGAACUAUUCCUAACGUUGUAUACGACAUACGUGAGGCCACUCCUUGAGGUGCAUAAUAUCAUUGCUCCUCCGCUACUCAAAAGGGAUGCUAACAUGCUAGAAAGUGUCCAGAGACGAGCGACAAAAUAGGUGAUCGGCCUCCGCAACAAAUCAUAUGAGGAGAGACUGAAGAAAUUAAGUCUUUUCACACUUAGUUACCGUAGUCACAAGGGAGACCUCAUCACCGUCUAUAAGAUCCUAAAUGACCAGGCCCAUCCUGAUAAGAGCAUCCUGCCAUUAAGUGAUUAUAGGCUUCCACGAGGUAACCCGCUAAGGAUAGCACACCAGAGACCAAGGACUCGAGUGCGUUCACAUUUCUUCUCGCUUCGAGUUUGCCGUCUCUGGAACGCUUUACCGGCGGCCGUAACUACAGCUCCAUCUGUGGAGAUUUCUAAGCGGAAGCUGGACAAUCAUGCAGAAAUGCAUGGUUUGUGUCUCAAUGGCUUACCCUCUUAAAAUUUGAAACCACAUUGUCAAUGGAUAAGCAUACAAGCUAAAUCCCCACGACCCGUCCUGUCUUCUCCCACUGUACCGACUACUCUAUCUUUUCUUUCUUUCUUUAUUAUUUCACUUAUCUCAACCUAUAUUAUCUACACUACAACCUAUUAUUAUCAUUAUUAUUAUUAUUACUCUACUUUUAUGACUAUACCGAAUGACCAACGGGUGUUAGGUCAAACUCCAUUCACGGCAGCAGCUGAGUCCUAACAUACUGCACACUACAAACCACAAUCUUGACCAAUCCUCGCAUCACUCCUCCUGGAGUCUACCAGAGCUAAAGCAGUCGAUUGGCGGGAUUUACUACGCAUAAGUUCACCGAAGAUCUGGAACCUCUACCUUAAAAUCAAGAAGCGAGCUCAAAGAAAUCACUGGUUUAUACUAGCUCGUAAUCAGGAUAUUGGAUAUUGGAAGUGUUGUGAAGAUUCAUACACACCGUCUACUCAACCUGUCACAGUAUCAAGUAGGAGAAGGAAAAGCCGAGUGUCAUCAGUGCUAAAGUCUCUUGAAAAUAAAGAUGGCCUUCUCUCUCAGCCUCGUUUGUCGAUGUCACUGCCUCCAUCUUUGAAAUCUUGGCUUAUAGAUGAUUGGGAUUUGAUUACUCGUCAAGCUCGGCUUUAUGAACUGCCUGCUUCUCAGCCAAUAUGUAAUGUUUUAUCAGAUUUCUUAGAAGCUUCUGAGGCUGAAAUCGCUAAGUCGGAAUCAACUUGUGAAGCAAAAGAAGACUGCACUUCUUCUGAACCUGAGAACUCUCAGCUAAAUACUACUAAGUUGGCAAUAAACCCGGGUGUAAGGCGUGAAUUUGUUGCCGGAAUUCAGCAUUUUUUCAAUCUUACUAUUGGUUCUCAUCUUUUAUACAAAUUUGAACGACUACAAUAUGCUGAGCUAUUGAAGCAUCAUACAGAUAAGAGAAUGUCAGAUAUUUAUGGUUCAAUCCACUUGUUGAGGUUGUUUGGUUUCUGAAACAAAAUGAAAGCCGUUACUUCCGAAUUGAAGAUUACUGUGUGGCGACAGCAGAAUAUCAACGAAGAGCAAUGUGUUGAAUGCGCAUAUAACUAACUGUCACCGUUGUGAAAAAAAAUUGAUACCUAUGCUCUGAAAUAGAACGUAUAAUAUAAUUCCAUAUUAGUUUGUUUAUUAGAUGGAUGUAUCACACACAGUCAGUCAGUGAAACAGUAUUAGUAUUUACU